AUGAUGAAACCAGCGUUCAAAGUUCUGCUCCCGGUCCUGGCCCUUGGCGCGCUCGGUUUCGCGGCUCCGGCCGGCGCGACGGAGAAAAAGCCGCUGCAGGUUUUCAUCCUCGCCGGGCAGUCGAACAUGGAGGGACACGGCUUCGUCGCCGCGGAACCACAGCGCAACGGUGGUCGCGGCUCGCUCGAGUUUCUCCUGCGGGAUCCCGCGACCGCGCCCCGCUUCGCGAAGUACGCCACGGCCGCCGGCCAGUGGCGCAAGCGCGACGACGUGUGGAUUAGAUAUCUUCACCGCCGCGGACCGCUCACCGUCGGCUAUGGCGCGGUCGAGGGACCAACCCGCCCCGCGAAGAUCGGGCCCGAGCUCGGUUUCGGCUGGGUGGUGGGGAACUGGCUCGAAGCGCCGGUGCUGCUCAUCAAAUGCGCCUGGGGCGGGAAGAGCCUCGCGGUCGACUUCCGUCCGCCGAGCGCGGGCCGACCGCCGUACUCGCUCGGCGCGAAGUUUGACGCCGCCGUCGCCCAGCCGCGCGGGAACGGACGACGCGUUCAAGGCGCGCGUCGAAUUCGAAGCCAUUGGAGACCUCGACGCCGUCGCCGCGUUCGUCCGCGACUGGCAGGCCGCCGAAUUUCCUCACGCGGACGUCUUGGAGUUCGAGUUCUUUACGGACGGCCGGACGGUGACGCUCCUCGAGUGCUACGAGUCGGAAGCCGCGCACCAGAGACACUUCGCGCGCUGGGCGGCGGCGUUCGCGGGCCGGAUGUCGCAGGUACUCGUCCUCAAGGACAUUCACAUCUACGGCCGCGGCUUGUCGGCCGUGCCCGACGAGUGGGAGCCGCUCAUGUCGACGCUGGAGAACCCGUUGGAGCGCAACCACAAGGGGCCGGUGGGUAAGAUCUAG